UGCAGCGUUUAACUUCACCAGGUCAGAUCCAGAGAAAGAGAUCAGAAAUCAGAUUCAGAAAGGUGUAUUUGGACGUUGUUUAUUAACAAUGGCUACUGCAGUUACAUGCAUACAAACCAAGCAAAAACACAUUAAGGAGGAUUUUCUUCAGCCUGAUCUUAAAGAUGGGAAAAGUAAAUAUUUAGAGAAGAUCAGUGAUGUCGUCCAAAAGCAUUGUGAUUCACAGAUUGAGUUAAAAACAAGACAAAAAGACAAGACACCAGCUAAGCAGGAGAAGUACAGAUUUAGAGUGAAGUCUUUUGAAGAUACAUCAUUCAAACAGUAUCCCGACAUGUUAGAAGAGUGGGAGCAGUUCUACCUACCAGAUGAAAUGAAGAUGAAGGUUUUUGGUGUUCUGGAAGAUUUUCCCUGUGACAGCUCUGAUGAUAAACUGGUGUUGAUGGUGUGUGAGGACGGUCAAGUGUUCGGCUAUGAAGAACAGAAGCUACAUGUGGUGGCCAACAACCUGAAUGAGCUCUUUGAAAAUGGGCUUCAGUUUCCAGGCACUGAUCAAUUCUACAGAGGCCAAAGCUUUGAAAAAAUGACAGGUGACGACUGGGAUAAACUGAAAGAAACAAGUCAGAUGAUGAAGGAACACAAGGAAUUUUUAAAGAAAGAAGAGCCUUCCUACCUAGAGAGUCUGAAGAGGAUCAUGGAGCCAGAACAUCUACAUGAUCCUGCUCAAAUGGGGGGAGCAGCAAAAGAAGUUGAACCAGUUCCUGUUUUUUAAAGAAGCACAAGAAUCAAGUUUUUGUGUAAUGUUUCUCUUACUGUUCAACCAUAGAUACUGGAGUGUGUAAACUGUAGCUGAAACUUCACACUUUCUGGAACGUGUAUAUAAUACAGAAGACCUACAAAAUUCAUGUGAACACCAGCAAUUAUUGUACCGUUUACUUCUGGAUAGUGAUUAUUUGUUUUCUCUGUUUUUCUAUAAAAUCAGUAUAAACACAAUGAGGAAUUAAAUGUACAAUUGUGAAGGGAAUAUUCCAGAUUUAUUCGUAGUAAAUUCCCUCUGUACAGUUUUACUUUGUCAUGAGGUAAGGGACAUAACAUGACUGUUCUAUGAAGAAACUCGUUCCUCAAAGUUCAGUAAUUAACUGAGCAAUUAAGAUCAAUUUGUAUAGAUUAAUAGUUAAACAUUUUUUAGGAAGUUAUUCUGAUGGUCUUUACUGUAUUUGUUUACUUCAUAAAGAAAAUGAUGUAAAUUGUAAAAUCUGCUUAUAAAUAAUGUAAAAUUAGAUCAUCCUGUGUUCACGAGCUCUAGGAGGGCAAGUAGUCAUCAAACCCCACAACACAGCUUCAUGGGUACUCCACAUUUGCACAAGUGUUUAGGUUGAGCUGUAUAUGUACAUAAAGGUUCAUAAGAAAGAGGCUGGUGAGUGAAUACAGUGUUCAAUAAACACAAACCAUGUUAAAUCCCACAACAUACCAGAGACACCAGACCCUCUCAGUGUAUGGAUAAAGCAAACAUGUCUACAAAGUUUUCUUUACCACAAUGUGCUCGCCCACUUUUAAAGUGUAGGGUUUAGGAUAAAUCAUCUUAUUAUUUACCUUAUAUUUAAAAUUUAUGUAAAUUACUGCCUGUGCCUUUUGCACCACUGAACUCUCGAAUGUGCAUUUGUUUUUGAAAUUACAACUGUAAUUACUCUC